AUGACGCCACCCCAACCAACAGCCGUCCCUGAAGCCUCAGUUGGUGUCAUUGCCAUGGCACACGGAUCACGACCCGGCGGCCAUGUCGACACCAAGUUGACCCCCCCAAUUGCCACGGGGACGUGCAUCUCCUGGGUCGACAUGAUCACGCCUCCGUGGCAACAUGACGACCCACAGUGUUGCCCUGACCUCCCUUGGGUCGCCGUUACAACUCUCAGUCCCGCCGGCGCCCUGGUGCAUCAUGUGGUCGCCCUGCCGGCCGGGGAGCUGGCACGGCGGUCGGGACUUCUUCAAUCCGUCCCUCUGUGUACAAAUCACUUGUCGCGGAUGUUCAGCAAUUCGGCCCUAAAAAGGCCUAGAACAGACCAUGCAGUAGCGAUUGACUAUAAGAAAUACACUAGCACAAAAGAACCUGAUGUCUGCACCAGCACAAACAGGAGCAGCUUGCUCAAUUGCUUAACAUCACCCAUCACAGUAGCCUCGCUUAAGCAGAUUCCACCAAGUGAACUCAUUGACAACCUAGCUGUGACCGAAGCACCAAACAACCAGAACGAAGACCUUUCCCUUAAACAGAACAAAGAACUAAAACAAAAAAAACCAGCUCAAUAAAAUACAAAAAAAAAAAAAGAAAAAAGGAAAUUGAUCAUCAAACCAAAAUCAUUUCUUAUCUCUUUCUCACUAUCUUCUCGUCUUAUAACUCCCUCAUCUCAUCAAAGCCUCUCCCUAAGAAACUAGACCAGAGUCUUGCUUGCUUCUAGGUAAAUAAAGAACCAUACUUGCUAAAUCAUUUCUCACAUACAUGUACCUAGUCUAAUGCAAAUAAAUCUUCUAGUUGCUUGAA